GAGAGCACAGCUGUCGGUAGGAGGUAAACAUCUCUUUUCAUUGUAAGCUGUAAAUUCGUCAAAUAUGACAUUGAAUUAAAACUGAGUUUUGGGGUAUAUUUUAUCGUAGAGAUAUGGAAUAAUAAAAAGCGACUUUGCAUUUAAUUUAACGAGCCAACAUAUUAGCUUUAAUCCUCCAUACUGAAAACAGUGUUCACAAAAAUUUACUUGCGUCUUACUCCUUAUUCACAACUGAAGUAAGAAGCAGCUUCAUGCGGGUAUAACAAUAUCUUAGAAUUUGUGUGAUUUCCAUAUGAAAAAUAUACAAGUUCAACUGAUACUUUGAUGUAAAAAAAGCAUGAGGUACAGCGAUUGAUGAAAGGACGUGAUAUUACUAUUCUUUACCAGACCUGACGUAUCGUACCUGUAUGAAAAGUCAAAGCGAUCCGUUCAGCAUGGUGACAGUGUACUAAGCAUCCAGCGACUGAGGAAGUGUAUAUGUACAUGUAGGUGCUAGUAUACUUGAAGUUCACAGGUAUUCGUCAUAGACAUUCCAUUUCAUCACAUGGAUAAUGAAAUUUAGACAGAGAAUUGCUUGGCUUCUACUGCUGUUGUACCUCAUGGCAACUUUAGUCGCAGUGUAUUACAUCUUUGAAAUCAGUGAACAGUUCAACAGCCUGGCUCUCAAACAUGUGCAAGACUAUCACGAAGUUGAGGUGGACAAAAGUGUUAAAUCAAAAGAGAGGACAGGGCUUGAUAGAAAGGAAUCUGACUCUAGAAUGGGGCACAGUUCAAUGUGGACUCAUUUGACGGAUGUCCCUAUGGCUGUUUGGAUUGCAGCAUGCCUCAUUCCCUACUUGCAGAUAUUUUUUGUGAUCUUGACUUGCACCAAGUCUGAACCGAAGCUGUCAGUGACAUUGCUGUGGCCAGUGUAUAUAUACCUAGGUCUGAGAGAGACACUGUGUGGAGAGCGGGGAUUAGGAGUCUCAAAAGCUGUGAAUUCACCAGUUAGCAAUGGACAUGUAUUAGUGGACACAUAGCAGUUGCUUUAGAACAUGCUCAGUUAUGUAUGUGUAUAGAGUAUCAGUUGGGAAUAGUGUAUUUCCACACUUAACAUGUUAUAAAGAUAAAGCUAAGAAGACUAUUUAAAUUUAACAAAUUGUGAAAGUGGGUGAUAAUGUUACUUUAGCAGGGGCAGAUUUAGGCCGUCUUCUGGAAGACGGUCAGAUUUUCAAGUUUACAUUGACGACCAUG